GAAAAAUGACUACUUCAACAUCUAUGCAACAACAAACUGUUGCCCAAAAAAUUUUAUUUAACGAACUUUGUAAUGUAUUUCAAGAAAUUAAAUCAACAUAUAGAGCAACCAAGCAUUUUGUUUUUAAUAAAUUUUUGAGACGUUGGAGGGAUGAAAUGGUUAAAGAAAAUGUUGAAGAUGGGUUUAUCGAAUAUAGAACUGAUGAUACUUUUUAUCCCGCUUUGCGGUUAUUUGUGCCUAGUAAAGAUGUGAAAAUUAGGGAAUUUAGAAUUAAAGAGGCAAAACUCAACCAAUUAGUUUGUAACUCAAUUGCGGCAAUGCCACUAAAUCCUGUACCUACAAAUUAUGAUUUGUUGGUUGAACGGCUUGUAAAUAUGUCUGCAGAUCGUUUCCCUGUUAAUACGGCAAAAUUGACAAUUUGGGAAGUCAAUGAAUUUUUGGACAGAAUUAAAUACCCGAACAGCGUUGAUAUUCGUUUGUUUUUUUUGUUUUUUUACAUUUAG